UUGUUGUGGACAUUAUUCUAGUUAGUUGUUUCAUAUUUUUGUCUUGUACGACAUAUUAGAAUCACUACUAUUCAAUUAAGGACAGAUACACAUAUAUAGAUUGAGAUGUCAUACGGCGGUAAGCAUCAACACUCAUUUAAAGCAACAUCUACCAACCAUCCCUAUUAUUGCGGGGGAUGUGAUCAGCUGGGUUUCGGAUCUAGUUACACAUGUUCCGAGAGUGACUGCAACGUAUUUCAUCACGUACAAUGCGUGGACCGUACAAAUGGGCCUGUGACAUACCCGUUCUCGAUCUCUAGCAAGUGCGCUCUGGUGUUUGUGGACCGCAUCAAUGGACCUGGGCAGAAGUCAUUAUGUGUGGCUUGUGGAAACAAAAUCAAAGGGUAUCACUACAGGUGUAAGUGUACGUUUCGGAAACAUAACAUGCACCCAUCUUGUUUAUUAAGUUACGAACCAACGUUGGUAGCCGCACACGGGCUUACGUUGCAACUGAAAAGCAGGGCGACUGCAAAGUGUUUGUGUUGCUUGAAAAAGAAAGUUUCUUCUAAGGUUGAUGGAUGGGCUUAUGUUUCUACAUGUGGGAGUUAUUGUUAUCAUGUUUCAUGUGUGAUGAACAUCAUCCAUGAAACUCGGGCACAAGGGAAUAUUACUGAAAAGUGUGAUCCUUUUCAGACUAUAAGAGAAAGGUUUCCUGCAGAUAAGAAUAGACUUGCAGCGUCGGAGCAGGCAUCACCGAGUGGGAAGAAGUCCAAGGCGGCUCUUAACUUGAUAACUAGCAUGAUCACAGGAAUCAGAUUGUGGUCGUAAUUAUUAAUCUAAGUUAGUUUUUGCUUUCACAAUUAAUAUUGUUCCAGCAUUAUUCAAUUCGCUACGUGCGCAUUUGCUUUCGCUAUUAUAUAUGUGUUUCAAGUUAUUCAUUCGCAAACACUGUAUCCAUCCAUCCAUCCAUCUUCAUUUGGUGUAAUUAAAUUUGUAUCCUUUUCUAUAUAUGAAAAAUAAGAUCAGAUUCUACCCUUUCG